AUGAAGUCGUCGCCGCCUCGGUCAAACGCCAUCAUGUCGGCGCCCGGCGCUGCAGCCGUGGACCAGGUCGCGUUGCCGCCCCUUUCGACCUCGGCCUCGGCCUCGGCCUCGGCCGCCUUUGCCCGCCCAGCUCCCGCCUGUCUGGCCGGCAGCAAGCGCCCUGCGCCUUCGUCGCUGCUGCCUGCCUUUGAGCCCUUUUCGUCGUCGCCCGCCCUGCCUCGUCCCGCCAAGCGCCCCAACAUCGGCGGCGCCCAGCUCAAGUAUCCCACGCCCGUGCCCACCUCCAGCACCGGCAUCCUGUCCAGCUCGCCGCCUCCCAGGCCCGCCCUGGCCCGCACCACCUCGGAGCGCGCGCCCCUCUCCGCCGUGCCCGCCGUCGAGCUCCCCGAGAACGGAGAGUCCCUGUCCCUGGGCCGCUCCUCCAACUCGUCGCACCUGCAGCUCUCGGCCAACCGCCUGGUGUCGCGUGUCCACGUAACGGCGCGCUACGUCCCCGCCCCGAGCCCCCUGGAGACCAGCAAGAUCGAGAUUGUCUGCCACGGCUGGAACGGCCUCAAGCUGCACUGCCAGGGCCGCACCUGGGAGCUCUUCAAGGGCGACAGCUUCACCAGCGAGACCGACGGCACCGAUCUCAUGGUGGACGUCUUGGAUGCCCGCGUCAUGAUCCGCUGGCCCAGGCGCUCCGUGUCCUGCGCCGCCGCCGACCACCCGGCCAGCUUGUCCGACUCGAGCUGGGACGACUCCCCGCCGCGCCCCCAGCCGAGGGGGCACUCGCGCCUGCCGUCGACGUCGUCCUCUCCCCUGCGGAGAACCGCGCGCAUCGCCUCCCCGGAGAGCCCUUCACCCAUGGGCAGCAGUCUCUCGACCUCGCAGCGGCUGCAGUCCCUGCUUCCUGGCGUUGCUGCCCGGGACGACGGCGGCAUCGACAUUUACGAGGACGAGCCGGAGCUGCCGCAACCCAGGGGCCACGCAUACCCACGCGGCAAGCAUGUUCCUGUCGGCGUCAGCAUCAAGACGGACGCGACGGCCAGCUUUUCCAGCGACUUGAGCAAUGUCGAUGACGAGGAGGAGGAGGAGGAGGACGACGACGACGACGGCAACAACCCCGACGAGGAAAACGACCCCAUUGUGCAUUCCUUUGGGCCCUUUGGCGCCAACAUUGCCGGCAGGCUGGCUUCCAUCUCGACCACGUCGCCCAAGCAGCCGCGGCCUCUGUACCGACGUCCCCACAACGCGUCCUCCAACGAGACCCUCGCGCGGGACGGAGACGGCACCCCGUCCGUCUCCCCGUCGCCCGUCAAGGAGCGAGGGCCGGCCACCAAACUGGGCCCGAAGCCGGGCGACCAAGACACGCCCGCCCCGUCCAUCGAAGUCGACGCCGCCGUGGCCAACCACGUCGUCAACCAGCUGGCCUUUUCGCGUCUCGCCUCCACGCCCCUGUCGACCAUUAUGCAGAACCUGCCCAGCGAGCAAAGGGCAGGGCUGACCAAGGACGUCCUGCGCGCCGCCCUCGAAUCCACCCCGUGCAUCGGCAUCAUCCCGCGCCAGGGCAAAGACGCCGCCGGAAAGGCUCUUGAAAGCGAGUAUUAUUACCAGCCCGACAAGGACGACGACGAGCAGCGCCGCGCCGUCGUCGACGCCCUGCGGAAGCCCAGUCUCCGCAACUGCAGGAAGCAGCACAAGCAAUACUAUUGGAAGCGUCCCAAAACACCGUAA